AUGCGCCAGUUCGCCGUCCUACUAAUAAUUGCUGCGUUCGCCCUCGUUCUAGGAAGCCAUGGGAUUUCAGCUGCUGCAGCAAACGGCCAAGCCAAGUUGCCUACCAUGACCACACCGGACGUGCCUUCGUACGUUCGCUCAUUGAAAAGCAAGAGCGAUGGCGAUAGUACACACAAGCUUCGGGGUACUGAAAACAAGUCUGUUCAAGAUGAGGAGAGGGGGUUAUUCUCAAAUUUGAAGGUUAAGGGCCUGUUGGGCCUGGGAGUUAACAAGUUUCUUUCCAAGGGACAACAGGAAGCAUACUACAAAGCGUUCCUCGAGAAAAUGGCAGCCAGGUUGGUGAAGAAGGAGAAAGCUAGAUCCAAGGCUUAA